GCCUUUUCCUCCUUUCCUUCCAUCCCUCCAUCCUUCCCCAUCUCCUCCCUGCCUUCUGUGUCUUCAUUCUCUGGCGUUCCCCCAUCCUCAUUCUCAUUCCUCCUCAUCCUUUUGUCUGUGUCGCAUCUCUUAUUAAUUUCCCCCCCUCUUCCUAGAAAUUAAAGUUUAUCUGCAGAAUCCACCCUCUUAAUUCACAUGAACACCCUCGCUGGUUCGUCCGCUGUUAACACGGCCAAGAAUUCUCUGGGACCCUUGUAUCCGGAUCAAGUCGUCAAGGGUUCAUCCCACUUCCUGGCCGACGGAAACACCACCCCUCCUCUCGACGCCGCCUUUGCCGCCACGGCUCCUAUUCCCGUCCCAAAGAAUCGCGGCGGUGGAUCACUGACCCCAGGCGGAUCCAUUUCCAAGAGCGAGCUGUCCUCCAUGGCUGGAUCGAUUGCCUCCAAGCUGGACCAGUAUCUCGGAAGCACAAGUGCGUCAAAUGGCACCCGCCGCCAGGGUAGAGGCUCGAGCGACUCGACCGCCAGCGUUGGUCCCCUCACCAGCACCAAUGUUGCCAAUCUUGGUGGAAACAGCGGUGACCAUGUUUCAAGUGGCAGCGGUGCCAGUAACAACGGCGAGCUGGACGAAGAUGCGGCUCUAGCCAACAACCUCGCAGCUAUUUCUCUAGCCGCCCAAAAGAUCAGCGACAUCUAUCUGGAGCCCAAGCCCAAGAAGACCACGCCCGAUGGUCACCAGGUUACGAACGAGCAUUUUGAACCAGAGAAGCAUUUUUAUCCACGGGUCCUAAACGCUCAGAUCCAUCCCAUGGUCGGCUACUUCUUUUCGUUGGGUAACGAGCGGAUCAUCGCCAGAUAUAUGCAUCUAAACCCCCAGGUGAACGAGGAAGUGCUCCGCAAGUGUCUCGACUAUGUCCCCAAGCAUUUUCAGUGGGCAGGUUCUGAUCUGUUCAAUGUAACGACUGCAUCGGGCCAUCGUCAGAUGAUUAUCGUCGAGACUAAUUCGUGCCCUUCUGGCCAAAAGUCGAUGCCUCUUCUGUCCGAAUCAGAUGAGCAUGGUGGAUACCGUUUGGUGCUUGAGUCCGCAUUCAAGGACAUGAUCGACAAGGCUGACAAGUCCCUGGGAGGUCUAGCUGUCGUUUGCGACAAGAACAUGAUGGAGGCUAGCGGAUAUGCCUCGACUUUGGCAGAGGUCAUGAAGGAGAAAGUGUGGCUCGUCGAGUUUUAUGAGUACGACCAAGAUCCCCCAGUCAAGUGGGUUGACCGCGUUAUGCAUAUCCGCGACAACAAGAAGGAGUGGCACUCAAUUAGAGCAUGCUUCCGAUAUGUUACACAGAAGCCCUGGAACCGUUUCCCCUUGUAUACCAAAACCGUUGUUAUGAACCAGACAGUGGCAUGCUUGGCAGGAGGCCGCAAUAAGAUGAUGGCUGCCAAGGCAUACGAAUUCUUUAAUGCAGAGCUGGCAGAUUCCGGUCUGCACGUUCGUGUCCCAGAGACGAUCAACAACGUUACUAAGAAUGAGAUCCCCUUGUGGUUGGACAGCAUGGGUGGCCAUGCUGUCGUCAAGGUGCCUUAUUCAAAUGCUGGCCAGGGCGUUUACACAAUCACUAACAAACAGGAACUGCAAGAGUUCAUGGACACGCCCCAGCAUUAUGACAAAUACAUUGUCCAGUCUCUGGUCGGAAACGCCUCUUGGUCCUCAAUGACCCGGCACGGCAAGUUCUACCACGUCGGUACGAUCCCCAACAAGAAGAACAAUACGUUCGUGACAGACCUGCGCAUGAUGGUGGCCGGUAACAAAGACGGAUUCCGCCCGAUUUGUAUUUACGCACGCCGCGCUCGCAAGCCCUUGAUCCGCUACCUGGAAGACGACCCCGCAACAACCUCAUGGGAGAUGCUGGGUACGAACUUGUCGGUCAAGUCGCCCACCGGCGAAUGGAGCACUGAAGCCGCAAGAUUGUUGCUCAUGGAUCGCAAAGAUUUUAACCAGCUCGGCCUCGGCGUUGACGACAUGAUCGAUGCUUAUAUCCAGACAGUGCUGUCGGUCAUUGCUAUUGACAAGAUGUGCCAGCGGCUCAUGCGGGACAACCCAGAGGGAACUGGCCAGAUCUUCGACCUGGAGCUCUUCAAGGCGUUGAAUCCAGACUCUGUACUUUGGCGGGAGGUUGUGCUGUGAAGCAAUAUGGGGGAAUACAGGGCGGAAAUGUACAAUAAUCAUCAAGGGGAAUAUCAUCAACGCUAAACCAAACAUUAGGCACAAAGGAAAAUACGAAAAGGCGUAUAGAUAAUAAAUAAGGCCAUCGCAUCCUUCACAG